AUGGCUCCAAUAAUGCACAUGUAUUCUCCACAACGAUACGUUCAAGUUGCAUUACCUCGCUCUCUUGUUCCGAAUAAUGGUGGAGAGGAACAAACGAACACAACGUUCUUUCAGAAUGUUCUACAAUAUUUAAAAUCAAGUCCUGAGAGAGCCGUUAAAAUGUUUACUAGCCUCUCCUUUUGGAAGUGGUUCUUAUUCGUCGGAGGCGGUUGUAUCUUGGUCUCUUUAUUAAGUCGAGCAAAAAAGGAGCAACAAGUGUUGUCUCGAUUUACACAGCAAUCUGCAGCAACUAAAAGUGUGGAUCAAGUGAAGAGAGUAAAGGUAUAUGCAGGACUUCGGAAUGAAGGUGCCACUUGCUACUUAAAUUCUCUUCUACAAACUCUCUUCCACAUUCCAAAGUUUAGAAGAAGCGUAUUUACAAUGAUGAUGGAUAAGGAAGACGUUGAUUCAAUUUCAAAAGCAAUUGCUCGAGUUUUUUAUAACUUACAAAAGGCAUGUGACCCACAUGAAGAGGGACAUUCAUACACAGGAACAGUUUCUACAAGAUGUUUAAUUGAUAGUUUUGGUUGGAGUGGCAAUCAAGUUUUUGAACAACACGAUAUUCAAGAAGUUGCUCGUGUGCUGCUUGACGAUUUGCAGCAAAAGAUGAGAAAUACCUCUGUUUCAAAAAGUAUUAGCCAACUCUUUUUAGGAAAAGUGGAAAGCGGAGUUGAGUGCAUUAAUGUUGAGUUUAGAAGUGUAAAAGAAGAAACAUUCUAUGACAUACAGCUUGAUGUAAAGGGAUGUCGAAAUAUUUAUGAAUCAUUCAAAAGAUAUGUAAAACCCGAAAUUUUGUCAGGGCAAAACAAAUAUCAUGCAGAGGGCUAUGGGCUCCAAGAUGCAAAGAAGUAUUCAAACUUUACACAUUUACCAAAAGUACUCAUGCUUCAUCUGAAACGAUUUGAUUAUACUCCAUUGGGUACCUUACAAAAGGUUACUGACACGUAUGAAUUUGAUGACCACAUCAAUUUAACAGAGUUUGUAAAGCAAAAGAAUGGAAAUAAGAAGGAGUACUCUUAUUCUCUCCAUGCUGUGCUCAUUCACAAAGGUUCAAGCGUACAUAGUGGUCACUACGUUGUUGCAAUUAAUGUAAGCGAGGAUCUUCACACCAAAGAGUGGUAUCUUUUCGAUGAUGAGAAAGCCACAAAAAUAUCAUCCUUUGAGGCCAUACAAGCAAAUUAUGGAGGAUUUAAUACCGCAUACAUGCUUGUUUAUUUGAGAUAUGAUGCCAUCGCAGAAAUUACAAAACCAAUUUCGUCAAGCGAAAUUCCAGAAAAAUUACGAGAAAUGUUACGACAUGAAGACAGCUCAUGUACAAUCUUGUAG